GAGGCAGCGCUGGGGCCGGUGGGGCCUUGACCUGGGGCGUGGGCGGGGCCCAGGCCGGGCUGGUCCCAGGCCGGGCGCGACUAGGCAGCGGCGCGCAGUCGGCCCCAUGGCGUAUCCCGGACACCCCGGCGCGGGCGGCGGCUACUACCCAGGCGGGUUCGGAGGGGCGCCCGGAGGCCCGGCCUUUCCCGCGCAGACGCAGGACCCGCAGUAUGGCUACUUCGCCGCGGUGGCUGGACAGGAUGGGCAAAUAGAUGCUGAUGAAUUACAGAGAUGUCUAACACAGUCAGGCAUUGCAGGAGGAUACAAACCUUUUAAUCUGGAAACUUGUCGGCUUAUGGUUUCAAUGCUGGAUAAAGAUAUGUCUGGUACCAUGGGCUUCACGGAGUUCAAGGAGCUCUGGUCUGUGCUGAACGGCUGGAAGCAGCACUUCACCAGCUUCGACAGUGACCGCAGCGGGACUGUGGACCCUCAGGAGCUGCACAAGGCACUGACCACCAUGGGGUUUAGGUUAAAUCCACAGACUGUGAAUUUGAUCGCGAGACGCUACAGCACCAAUAGGAGGAUCACUUUUGACGACUACAUCGCGUGCUGUGUGAAGCUGCGGGCGCUCACAGAUAGCUUUCGAAGACGGGAUUCUGGUCAGCAGGGUGUUGUGAAUUUCUCAUAUGAUGAUUUCAUUCAGUGUGUCAUGACUGUUUAAGUCAAAAAGAAGCUGCUGAACAUUACAUUCCGGCUGGAUUUCACGUUUGCUUCCUCUUUGCCUCAAGUAGUCUGCUUAAACCUAUGUCGCCACUUUCUCCAGCAUCUGCUGGAAGGUUUAUUACUUCACACAAUUGAAGCUGUUAGUUUUGAUAAUGCAUUCUUUGAAUUUUGUUAAUAUAAAGUCAGGUCUAUUGUACUGAUGAGAACUUCCCUAACUCAUUAUCAAUCAAUGCCUUAUUUUCCUGCUAAACCUCUUUUAUAUCAGUAUGCAGAAUGUUUAAGGUGCACUAUGAUAUGAAAAACUUUUAAUUAAACUAAAGCUAUAUACUUUUCCUCCCCUAGAGAAAUGUGGUUGAAAAUAUGUGGAGCACUCCCUAUAUAAAUGAUGUAGACCCUCUUAGACACAAAAAAACAAACAUGGUCAUCUAUGUCAAGGUUCAUCUUAGUAGAAAUUUGGCACAGGUUUUAUUUAAACUUACACAUAUUUUGAUGACCUUAUCAAUGAACAGGGAACACUGAUUAUUUGCUGCCUCUUUAAUUUGAAUGUCAAAUACUGUUAUCAAGUGCUUUGUCAUCAUCUAUUCAAACCUUUAUUCUUAAAAAUUCAGUAUACAUUUAGCUGUGGAAAAAAAUGAUAGAAAAAGACUAAGAGAAUGUACCAAACUAUUAACUAUGGUCAGUUUUGACUAUACAAUUCCAAGUGACUUCAACUUCAUUUACACAUUUCAGCAUUUUCCGAAUUUUCUACAUGGAUUCUUCCAUUUUAAAAUCAGAAGAUACACUAAUUUUUAAAGUAUGGAUACAUCCAUUUUGAUACAUUACAUAUUUAUACUUUUAAGAAUACACAGCAAGAAGACUAGACUAGGUAUCCCACCAUGUUUAUCUGGAAACUACAGGGGGGUGGGGGGGGUCAGAGUAAUGGGUUUCCUUCCUUCUCCUGCCAGUUUUCCAACUACUCUCUAAGAAGCAAGUAUUAUAUAUAGUAGAAGACAUUUGGGUAAGGCCUAGAUUCUAAUGCAGUUGUGCCUCUUGCUUGUGGCUUGACCAUUCUUAGUACCCUCAGCAGUCUGUUUUCCUAUCUUUGACAAAAAAAAUAGUACUCGCCUCUUGGGGUAGCUUGAGGUUUGAAAAAGUAUGUGGUGUAAUGAGUAUCAACAGGGUUUGUUUCUUAAAUUGGACUGCUGUGCCUUUUUUUCCUCUGAUUUUACAGAUAUAAAGUGAUCCUACUCUACUUCCUCCUUGCCAGCAGUGUAUUUGUCUUAUUUUAGGGGAUAAUGUGAGCAUUACUGUUGUUCAAAAAUAAAAAUUUGUCUAUA